CGUGGGGCUCUUUCGGGGGCAUCGCGGUGUACAGUAGCGGCAGCUGGUACAGUGAGAGGUUCGUCUCCCGCGUUCAUCGUCUCCGCGGCGCGACUGGCUGCUGAACUCUGCCAUGGCGACCAUUCUUCCCCUGGAUCGGCUCGUAGUGGAGGUCGUGGACGCACACACGGGUGCUGCACAUAGAGUGCCUGCCCUGCACCCUCGCUGGAAGGUGGAGCGGAGGUUUGUGGCGUACCGCCCGCCCCCGCCUGAAGGCUGCCCUGUCGCACUGCACGAGUGGGUGGAGCGCUUGCGGUUUCUCACCAGCGAUCUGGACUGGCUGCUCAAGCAGCCGCACCCACGCUUCUGGUCACAGGUGGUGUUUGAUGAAGAUUUGCACAAGAGCCUGGAUUCCUACGUUCGUCUGGUCACCCGGGCGUAUGAUGGUGCCGUGGACCGAGGCGGCGCCUGUGGAGGAAAGUGUUCGAAGCAGGGCGCAUGCGAACCUUGCAACUUGCAGACCCAGUUACACCGCCAGGUGUUUAUGGUUUACCUGCGAAUGUCAACAAACAGAGAAAGCAAGGAAUGCUUCCUGUCGACAGAAGCAUUUGCCGAGGUCAUCUACAACAACUUUCUCUUCGAUGUUCCCAAGAUCUUGGACCUGUGCGCCCUGUACGGCCGAGGGAAUGGGGCUCUACUCAGCAAAAUGAUCGGUAACAUUUUCAAGAAGCAGCCAGCCUACCUCAGUGACCUGGAGGAGAGCAUUCCUACUAUUUUGCAGGUGUUUGACAUGAUAGCGGGAAAAUGCGGCGUCACGAGCCACGUGUGGAGCGAUGGGUUUCCACAGAAGCUCACCGGCCAGGCCUCCCACUCUACAGCGACCAUACCUGACUUGGAGCUGAAGGAUUUACUGCAGUACCUAUGCGACGUUGCCACGACUCUCUUUGCGUUUUUGGACGUUUACCCUGCGGCGGCCGCAACCUUCCUGCGGCAGGACGCCCUGUCCAGGAUUUCAGGUUUUUAUGAGAUUGUGGUUCCUGAGAUGGAGAAAGUGCUGACCCAGACAAACUUUGAAGACAAAGAACUGCAGGAUGAGCUGUGCCGCUUACUGGUCACGUCCCAGCGGCGUCUGCUGAGCGUGAGCCACGCUGUCAUCUCCGCCUGCUGCUUGCAGCCCCUGCUGGAUGCUCGCACGGAGCAGGUGCAGGACGUGGUGGAAGAAUACUUGAAUGUCGUCAUGACCCUGCUGCAGCAGCACCGGUUUCUUGCAGAUUUUGAUGAACUCUACCCAAUUGCGGAUGAUAUCAGCAUAAUGCAGCAGGCUUCACCCAGCUUAGAUGAGACCCGCAUCUCCUAUGUACUGGAUGCUGUUCGGGAGGCACGGCAGUCUGCAGGCAGCAGGCGGCCUUCUCAGCAUCCUCAACACAUGGCAAACUGUGAGAGCCCAGCUGCUGAUCAACACAGCAGCAUCGCCACACAAAACUUCAAUGGCAGUGAAGAUGCCGAGCCUGACCAUGAGUCGGUGUCUCGUGGUGUGGAGAUGGGCGGCGUGGAGCUCGCCUCGCUCGUGUGCGGCAUCCGCGAUCUGUUUCCUGAGCUGGGGGAUGGGUUCAUCGAAGCAGGACUGCAUGCCCUCAACUAUGACUCUGAGAGCCUGGUCAGCCGACUGCUCGACGACACUCUGCCUGACCAGCUGAAAGACCUGGACAGGAGCAUGCCGAAGACGGAGGAGAGCAAGGUGCCAUCGUUGCUGGCGGAGAGGCGCGGGGUAUUUGACGGAGACGAGUUUGACGUGUUCAGCCGUGACUCUGUCGACCUGGCGCGGGUGCACAAGGGAAAGAGGCCGGCAGGGCCAGGCGGCUGGCGGUCGGUGCUCGCCGACCGGAGCGGCGUAACCGGCCCCUCGCGAGAGCGGUACGCGCCAUACGGCCUGGUCUGUGACGAGGAGGAGGAAGAGCCUGGGCUGCCGGGGGCAGGCGGCGUGCGGGAUUACGACGAUGAGUACGACGACACGUACGAUGUCGGCCACGUCUGUGCCAACGACGGGGACGCUGAUGACGAUGUGCUGGCGCGCCGGCCGUUUGUGACACCGCGGGUGCUGCAGACCCGAUCAAGAGAAGACAGGAAAGUUGCAUCAAACUACGAGGUUGAAGAGGAUAACGAGGAUAAAAACAAGAGCGUGUUUGCACAGGAGAGACCCCGGGAUGACUUUGUGAUGGACCCUGCCGUUUUGAGGGAGCAAAUGGCUGCCAAACGAGAAACAUUAAUGGCAAACAGGGGGCACAGAGGCGGGGCAAAUCAAGCGGUGCGAGGGGUUGGCCGUGGCCAGGGCCAGUCGAAUGAGACUCUCGUGCAGCGGCGACGGAAGGAGGAGAACAAGAGUAAACGUGGCAAUCACAACCGCCGGGCGGGAGCCAGCAGCAAGCUCAGGCGGGGAAUGAUUCCCUCGUAGCCUCGGCGAUGCGGCCCAGCCCUGCUGCAAACGUGCAGCUACACAUCGCUUUGUGUUUUGACACUGCUCAUGCUUUGGGCACGUGUGCAUUCAUAUGUGUAAGCACGUACAAGUGUGGUACCUGGGAAAUUGUGGCUUGAGAUUUGUCACUAUUUUACAUUUCCAGUAAGUAAAUGGAUGAGCAGUUA